AUGUCCUUCAUCACCUACUCCACAGAUGGCAACACUGUCAUGGGGCUCACCUCAGACAGAACUGCAAUACAGGAAGGUCUUAGCAGACUUCGAAACGUGGUGCCUACAGGAGCAACAAACAUGCAGGAAGCACUUAAACUGGCAAAUGAGCAGAUUGAAAAAGAGGUCACCAAAGACAUAAAGGCCACCAGCCUGAUCAUCACCCUCACGGCUGGAACACUGCUGCCCGAGACGUACGAUGCCACUCGGAACGAGGCUAACAAGGCUCGUGGUAUGAAGGCGAAGGUUUACAGCGUGGGUUUGAAAGACUAUGACCGAAAGCAGCUGCUGAGCAUUGUAGAGAGUGAACACCAAAUGUACGGAAGAGACGGUUACAACUCCUCUGAUGACUUUGUGAACUCGCUCGUGGAAAAUUCCUGCUCAGACGUUAUGGGAAAAGACACUUUCUUUGUUUGUGUGGCAGCAAGAAACACCAUGAAUGUAACAAAGGAGAAACUAAUUUGCCCAGGACAUAUAUUUGAGAUGGAAGGAGAGAGCGCCGUCAUUGAUUACAGCCUGGACAAUGGUGCAACCUUCCAGAACCUAACAUUGAAAAUGAUCAGUAAGAACUGUGUGAGUGUCAGGGUGGUGCCAUGA